AUGGUGCAAAAUGUUUUUUGGAACAUCAACAUCAUAUAGGAACAUGUCAGACAAAAGAUAGCAUAGUUAUUACAAUAGCUACAAAAUGAUGAAUGUGAAGCAUUUCUGGCAGGAUGUAAUGUAAAAUUAGAAGGUGUUUUAUUAAUAAAUAGAGGGCAUUUAGCUCAUAAAAUGGUAUUCUUACAACUUGUCCAACAUUUUCAGGAGGACUAUGAGGUAAAAGAUGCUAUGUACUAAAUAUGAUGCAUUUAAGAUAGGUUGGGUUAUUAUGUGGUUAAAGUGCUAGAAUAAAAUUUACAGCUAGUACAUGAGAUUAAAUUUUAGUACACAAUAACUACAACUACUUUGACAUUUGUUGCUUCCAUAUAGAAAAAAUUUACUUACCCAAUAAGGCAGACUUAGACUUUCCCUACAAUAAUCAACAUAAAUCCAUUCAAAUUAUCUUAAUUUUAGAAAUAUGCCAAUACUUUGGGAAUAAUUUUUUCAUAUAAAAUAGGUGAUGAUACUUGCACUCUCUUGAAUUCUUAUGAAAAUAUAAAAAGAUAGUCUCCUUAAUAUAUGCUUACUAUUGUAAUGAUUGAUCUAUAGGGUUAUACGAAAGGAGUUUGUUAGAAAGAAGCAACAUUAAAUGUCUUACAAGCAUUUUAAAGCUAGUAAAGCAGCAACUGCUUUAUAAAAAGGUUGAGAUAUCAAAGUUACUGGAUGUUAUUAUUAUUAUUAAGCAGAAAAAUUUAAUUCAUCUGUUGCUAUUUGUCCAAUCAUUUUUCUUCUGGUGUUGAAACAGAAUCAAAGAAAGAUGGUACAGCUUGUCAAAUCAAAGCUAAAGUUGUAAUGCAAUUUAACUAAUUAAGUAUUAUAUUACUGAUAGUAAAGGAUGCAUCGAUACCAAUAUAUGUAAUAAAUAUGAUUAAAUAAAUAAAUAAAAUUUAAUAUAUCCAUCUCUCUGUGAGGAAACCAUCAUUAACCUUGCUUGUGGGCCUUCUUUUCUGAAUCAACAGUAGUGUCCCUGA